AUGCUCAAUGAUCUACAAUAUCAAUUGUUUAACUUUUCCAAUAAUCAGCAUACAAUUACCUCUUCUGCUACUUCAUCAUCUGGCGUUGUCAGCAAGCACGAGCUUCAUAAAUCUUUCAAGGAAAAUGUUGCACCCUCCAUAAUUUUAGCGACUUCCUUGAUAUCAGGAGCAAGUGUUCCUAGAAGCACCAAAUAUGUGGCACCAAUAGUAAGAAUACAAGGAAAACGACUUAAGUCGUUUGUAUUUGAAGUGGUUAAAGACAUCAAGAAAAGCUUGAACGAAAACCUGACAAAGAAGAAUACAAUGAAUAAUGCGCUCUUGGGAAGAUCAAGAGAAGAAGUGGAGGAUUUAAGGAACGGGAAACUUGUGAGUCGCGGGAAACGCAGCAUUUCGUCAUCGUCUGUGCAUUCUAAUGACCCUCAUAGAGACCAGCUUAACUUUGACAUGAUAGACUCGUACGCCGAUAUUAACAUGCCAAGUCUCAGCAGACCGUCUUUGAAGGCAAAGAAAACAUCUUUGUCCUUGCUCAAAGCGCAAAGCGAUCAUUUUGAUCACUCCAACACGCAUCACAGUGAAAGGCUACAUGAUAAUGCCGUUUCUUCGAUGCCCAAUCUUCACAUGUUCAACAACGAUAACUCAAACACCGAAAUCCCGUACUCUUCAGACGGAUCAUAUGCUUCUUCGAUAAGGAAUUCAUUUGAUUUUAGAGAUAGCAGCGAGAUUGAAAGUUUGUAUGGCGACGAGCCGGCCUCCCCUAGUUUGCCUCAAUCUUCCAAACUGUCUUAUAAAGUUCCCCUAUCAGAACUACAACAGGUCAAACUUCUCAAAUCAAACUAUUUUAAAAACGAAACCCAAUUCGUGAUAGCGCUACAGAACAUUUCAAUUAGGCUUGCCAAGGUUCCGAAAGAUGCUCGAUUAUCUACCUUGAAAGCUGAAUUAGCUACGCUGAACAAAGAUUUACCUUGUGAAGUCGACAUUCCUGGUCUUUUGCCGAAGAAUAAGAAAGGAAAACUUCACAGACUUUGCAAGAUUGCAGUCAAUGAGGCUGCUGUUCUAAAUUCGGCAGAGCGUGUCCCAUACUUGCUUCUGGUUGAAUAUCUUGCUGACGACAUUGACUUCAACCCGGAAUCGGCAUAUAACAAACUACUAUUGAACAAAUUAGAAGAUAACAAAGGGGCGAACGAUACCUUCAAAUUGAGUGAUAAAAAAUACAGAUUUGACCUGGCUUAUCCACAUGCACCUUCGUCUUCUGUUUCGUUGAACUCUCUUGAUAUGAAAGCCAGUACCCACUCAAGGGAACAAUUCUCGGAAACUAGGGAAGCAGAAGAAUCUGACUUAGCUGACUUUUCGGUCGUCAGCUUGAGCAACAAAAUCGACAAAUAUGCAUACAAAUCAAAAAGAUCUGUGAAAUCAAAGACAAGCAAUUUGAAGCUUGAACUAAGUUCUCCGUCGACUGAUGUGAUUGAAGAGAAAAUAAAAAAACUAGAGCUUUCGUUCAAGUCUCAAUACGAGGGAGGGCUGGAUAACGAAAGUGAAUUGGCAAACCAGAUGAGGAUUGCUGCAGUGAUGCUUACUCAGUUAGAGUCACCUGCCUCCACAAUGCCAGUUUCACAAGCAGCAGAGAUUAAAGCUCGCAUUAUAGAUUCAAUGAAGGCCAUGCAACAUGGAUUUGGGGUGGAAGGCUUGAAUGAAAUUCGCGGUGAAGCGGGUGAACGUAAGCUUUCAAACGAUUUGAAAGUUGCCGGUCUCAGCUAUUUGGGAGAGGACUGGAAUAGCAAGAAAGCUCGAAUCAGGGCAGAAUCGAAGUACGGUCAUCUUGAAAACUGGGAUUUGUUUUCAGUGAUUGCCAAGACAGGGGAUGAUCUGACUCAGGAAGCAUUUGCUUGUCAGCUGAUCCACGCUAUGGCUCGUAUCUGGUACCGUGAUAACGUCAAAGUUUGGGUGAAACGAAUGAGAAUUUUGGUCACGUCUUCCACCACGGGUUUGGUGGAGACCAUCACCAAUGCUUUAUCGAUACAUUCCAUCAAAAAGUCUCUUACUCAGUACAUGUCAUUGAACAACGAAAACCCUCGUGGAGAGAUUGCGACGUUAAAAGACCAUUUUAUACGCAUGUUCGGUGACGAAAACAGUCCACGAUACAAGCUUGCUCAGGAGAACUUUUGCAUUUCUCUUGCCUCGUAUUCUGUCAUUUGUUACCUUUUACAAAUAAAGGAUCGUCACAACGGUAACAUCAUGCUGGAUUCGGAAGGACACAUUAUACACAUUGACUUUGGCUAUCUCCUCUCCAAUUCUCCCGGGUCCGUUGGAUUUGAAGCCGCUCCUUUCAAGCUAACUAUGGAAUACGUUGAUCUUCUUGGAGGUGUGGACUCUUUCUACUUUCAAAAAUUCAAAACUUUAAUGAAACAGGCGUUCAAGUCGCUCAGGAGAAAUGCUGACUCUCUAGUCAAUCUUGUGGAGCUCAUGCAAAAAGAUUCACAGCUCCCAUGUUUCAAAGCAGGCGUGAACACAAGCAUUCAGCUGAGGCAGCGCUUCCAGCUUCAUUUGAGCGACGAUGAGUUGGAUCUAUUCAUUGACAAUGUCUUGAUUAACAAGAGCUUGGGAAGUAUGUACACAAGGCUCUACGACCAGUACCAGCUUCUGACCCAAGGUAUUUACAUAUAG